AUGUCGUACCCCGCUUCGGGGUGGCGGCUGAGGCCACUGGCUGCUCUGGCUCUGGUUCUGGCGCUGGCCCCGGGGCUCCCCGCAGCUCGAGCCGGGCAGACGCCGCGCCCCGCCGAGCGGGGGCCCCCGGUGCGGCUCUUCACGGAGGAGGAGCUGGCCCGCUACACCGGGGCGGAGGAAGACCAGCCCAUCUACAUGGCGGUGAAGGGCGUAGUGUUUGAUGUCACUUCUGGAAAGGAGUUUUAUGGGAGAGGAGCCCCCUACAAUGCCUUGACCGGGAAAGACUCCACCAGAGGUGUGGCCAAGAUGUCCCUGGAUCCUGCAGACCUCACCCAUGACACCACGGGGUUGACAGCCAAUGAGCUAGAAUCCCUGGAUGAUGUCUUCACCAGAGUAUACAAGGCCAAAUACCCCAUCAUCGGCUACACAGCCCGCAGGAUCCUUAACGAGGAUGGCAGCCCCAACCUGGAUUUCAAGCCCGAGGAUCAGCCCCAUUUUGACAUCAAGGAUGAGUUCUGA